CCCGCAUGCUCCGCCUUCCUCCCAUGCUCCCCCGUGCUCGCGUCGUCAAGUAGCGCCGGCCGUCUAACCACCGAGGAGCGGCCCCCCCGGUCAUGCCCUCGCCAAUGCAGAUUGUGGAGAUCGGGACCCUGAGAACCACCUCCAACGACGAGUCCAGCUUCAUCGGCUCCAGCACCGGCAUCUGCUUCGUCAACACCGUCCGCAACGCCUUCCGCGCCUCCAAGCACGGCCACGGCCCCGCCCCGCCUGACAAUCCCGCCGGGCCCGACCAUGACCGUCCCAACCCGCUCGAGGACUUCAUCCUGGCCGACGGCGACGACAGCCGUCCAGGGACUCCCUCCCGCCCGCUCCCUGCGCCUGCUCCCACCAUCGCCAGGGGCCCUUCGUAUGAUGCCGCACCCCCCGGCAUAGGCCGCGCCCCCGAUGCAGCGACCAGCAGGAAAUUGAUGGUUUUGUACUUCAAGCUAUGGCAUCCGCUCUUCCCUUUUGUCCACGGGCCCACAUUCUACAGAGAGGUCGAGGCUUUGUACGACCCCUCAAAGCCCUUCCACAACCCUCCUGGCAAUGAUCCAGACCGCCACCGGUGCUGCCGCGCCAUCAUCACCCAAUGCAUCUUGAACAUUGCCGAAAUGGGCACUGAUAAGAACCUGCUGCCGCGCUACUCCCGCAUCGAGUCGGCCCAUAGCCUGCUCUUUUCGUUGAGUUCGCUGGCCACUAAACAGGACCUUCACAGUCUUCAGGCCUUGUUCGCUGCCCAGCUGUACCUCCUCACCGCGGGCUCGUUCAGAUCCUCCUCGGCCAUUGGAGGAACACUGGCCAAAUCAUUGUUUCAUGCGGGUCUGCAUAGAUGCCCAUAUCGCUAUCCGCAGCUCUCCGAGCACGAGCGAGACCUCCGCAAGCGUCUCUUCUGGAGCGCGUAUGUAGUCGACAGAUACCUGAGCCAAGGACUAGGCUUGCCCCUUGGUUUCCAGGACUCUGACAUUGACGUGUGUCUCCCGGGGGAAGAAAGGCAUAGGCCUGUCAUUCUCCGUGAAACUUCGUCGGGAGAGGCCGCCCGUAGUCAAUAUCCGCGCGAGCCUUCGACCGCGCCUAUCUCAACGACUAUCGUUGCCAGGGUCGCUUCUCAGAGCAACGGCUCCGGCGUCGAAUGCCGCGCCGGGCCAAGCAUUGACGGGGAAAGGAUGUUCGCCAGGAGAAAUCCGAAAGAGGAGCACCGAGAUAUCGUUCUCACGGGCCUGGUUGGGUAUAGCCAGUUGACUGGACGCGCUGUCGAGCUCUUCCACAAAUCGAUACACGUCCGUUCUGUCGACCAUAGCAAGAUCCUAUACAUAACGGCCGAUAUCCACAGCUGGUGGAACUCUCUUCCCCCCAAACUCUCUGAUCAAGAUACAGUAGUGUACCCGCGUGGAGAGCCUGGCGAUGAUGAUAGCGUUAGCUUUGUCCCUCUCUUUACGAUUCUCUAUCAACAGCUUCUGCUUCUUGUUAACAGACCUUGCCUGUCAAUGAAUCCGACGUCGCCAGAAUUCAUGGCCAGCAUGCAGACAUGUAUCGGAGCCGCGCGAACAAUUAUUGGAGGACUGGAGAUGCAGUUGCAAGUGAGGCAGCCGUUCUUCUUGCCGGAGUUGCUCUCCGCGAGCUGGAUGGCUGGGUUGAUAUUGGUAUUUGCCUGCCAAGUGCGGUACUAUCCUGCAGAAAAGGGACACGCGGAAAUCCAAGCAUGUCUGCAGAUCUUGCGCCUCAUGAGCGACCACUGGAAGAGCGCAACAAACUACUACAAAACACUAACAUCCCUCUUCGCGGAUCUGCAAGCCUGCCACUCUGCCUCCACCACCGCAACCACCAACGUCACCACCGCAUCCAAGCGCGUCUUCUCAACCACCGAAGACGACGCACGCGCACGAAAGCGCGCACGCACAACCCCCCAAGACGAAAACGAGAUGCGGCCAAGCGGCGGCCUCACCCCCUCAGCCGCGAUCCACCGCGCCCUCUCCUCUGGCGCCGACAGCCAGCCCUAUCGCACCCCGUCCCUCCAACGCGCCUCGAGCUCCCUCUCCGAAGCCAACGCCCUGCACACCCCCGUCGCGCACCUCAGCCCGCAGAGCCUGUACGCGGCGGCAGCGGACCAAGCGGCUGCGCAGAUGGGGGGUUCUGCCGCAGCGAACAAUGCGACGCUGACGAACUCGGCGCUGACGACCUCACCGCUGCCGUUUCAGCUCCCCCAACAGUCUCCGCAGGUGGGCGCUGCGCAGCAGAGCUACAUGCAGAACAUGUCGCCUCCGGGGCCGGGGUCCGCGGCGUUUGACCACCAGCAGCAGCAGGGGCUCUGGCACGAUCCGGCAAUCUACGCGGAUGGAACGGCAUUUUCAUUCCUCAGCGCGGAUCCGCAGGGAGCGUGGGACCCGGACGCGCUGGACCCGGACAUUAGCGCCGUGGACGCGUUUGGGCAGGUCACAUGGGGGAGCCUGGACGGUGAGUUUGCGCGCGCGAUGGGGGCGCCGAGCCGCUGAGUUUGGGUGCUGCUUGGUGCUUGUGCUGAUUGUGGUGGCAGAUUUCACGUGGAACCCGUUUGCGGAGGGGUAGAGUUGGCAAGGGAGGAUACGGUUGCGUUUUGCUGCUGGCUGGCUUCUUUGCCGCUUUUCUUGUUCCUUGCCUAGGUUGGUGUCUUGCCCUGUCUGUCUGGACUUGUCUUGUUUCAGGCCUUAGUCCGUGGCGCGCAAUAGUGCGCAGUGCGAGUGUCUUGUCCGCGCGGUUGGAAAGACGAG